GUUUGGCGUUUUUCCUCCCAGCUACAAUGACUUUCACUCGCUUCGUUUCGGUUGGCCGCGUGGUGCUCAUCAACUACGGCCCGGACGCCGGCAAGAUCGCCACGAUCAUCGACGUGGUGGACGAGAACAAGGCCCUCGUGGACGGCCCCUUCAGCGUCACGGGCGUGAACCGCCACGUGAUCAACUUCAAGCGCCUCUCGCUCACGGACCUGACGGUGGACAUCCCCCUCCAGGCCCGCGAGAAGACGCUCAAGAAGGCCCUGGCCAAGGCCGACACGCUCGCCAAGUGGGAGUCGUCCACCUGGGCCAAGAAGCUGCAGAACAAGAAGACGCGCGCCGAGCUCAACGACUUCGACCGCUUCAAGGCCAUGAUCGCCCGCAAGCAGAAGAGCGCCCUUGUCAAGAAGGCCGUAGCCGCCGCCCGCAAGAACUAAGCGGGUCGCUUGAUACGUCGCACAGUCUGAGGAGAACCGGGAGGUUGGUUUACCCUGGCUGCCUACAGGCUCAUCUAGCGCGCCGCCAGUGACAUGGCGGACGGAAACUGCAGGCAUCGAGGAACAAUAAACGUCCUAAUUGGUUAUUUUGCUGAUAACCCCACCGCUAAAACGCUAGCUAGCUUCCCUU